ACUCAACAAAUCAAAGUUAAGGAUUUUCUCAGUAUACACUACUAAAAAGCCGCCUGCAGAAUGAUAUAUCUACAGAAUUGUUGCUGCUUCGUGGAUUUGCGUCUGGGUGCGAUCAUAUCAGGCCUAGUCCAUGCUAUUGCUGACGUGUUAGGAGGCUUCUUCAUAAUGAUAAUGGCCGGAACGGGGACUCCCGAUCUGUGCCACAAGCUGACUAUUUUCUUAUUCAUAGUACAUUUGGUUAGUUGCGCGGGCAUGGUCUUCGGCUCCAUUAAGCUUAGCACCAAAUUCAUGAUCCCAUACAUAUUGAUGACCUUAGCAAUGAUCCUAUACCUGAUCCCCCUGUUCGUAGCCGAUGUAAUUCUUGCCGUUUGGUACUUUGUAUUGAUAACCUAUUUCAUACUGUUCUGUAUCUCUUUGUACUGCUGGCUUGUAGCCUACUCCUUCUAUGCGGCCCUGGGCGGGACCCUCUUUAUAUAGAGAUGUUUGAUCUCAUCAAUAUCAAAUUUUAACGUAUUCUCUUUGUAAAGGUUAAUUUAGGCGCAUUCAAAAUUGAAAAUAUUAUCGAUAUAUAUUUCUUUCAAUGUA